GCCAUUUGCAAUCCACUACGUUAUCCAGAAAUUAUGAACAGAAAAGUAUGUUUCCAACUAGCUGUUGCAUCAUGGCUUUUAGGUGUCCCUAACUCUACUGUCUCUGCCAUAUUUGUUUUUAGUGUGCCAUAUUGUGGGCCUAAUAUAGUUAAUCAUUUCUUUUGUGAUAGUCCCCCAGUGCUAGAACUGGCUUGUGCUGAUACCUACAUGGUUCAAAUUGAAGCUCUCACAGCUACUGUGAUAUUCAUUGUGUUUCCUUUCCUCAUUAUUUUAUUCACGUAUAUAUGCAUCAUCAUUACUAUCUUGAGAAUGCCCUCGGCAGAGGGGAGGCAUAAAGCCUUUUCAACAUGUUCAUCUCAUCUUCUGGUGGUUACUUUAUUUUAUGGCACAGCCACAUCUACCUACUUCAACCCUAAGUCCCAGUACUCUCCAGACACAAAAAAAUUCCUUUCCCUCUCCUACACAGUCAUCACACCCAUGUUAAACCCUAUUAUCUACAGUUUGAGAAACAAGGAAGUGAAAGGUGCAAUGAAAAGGACAUUAUAUCAGAGAAUAUUUGCCCAGAACAAAAUAAAACUUGUUGAGACAUUGUAA